AUGGACCGUCUCAACUCCCUAGAAAAAAGUCUCCCACCAGAACGGCCCGCCACCGAUCAGGCCAUCGACAAGCUGAACCAGCAGGUUACUCAGGAGUUCAAAAUAGCCGCCAACGCCGUGACGAGUCUCUACCGGCUUUCGUCGGAGCGCAGCUCUCUCAGCAGGCACGCAGGGUAUGCCGAGUGUCUGGACGACGUCCUACAGCAGCUCGAGAGCGGCCGCACCGCGGAAGAGUUGCGGCAGUGGUGCGAGAAUCGGAAACACGAGAUUCGCGGCUCCGCGGCGGCGAAAACAGACUCGAGUGCUCCCACAGUAGUAGCAAGGACUCCCGCGGCGCCUGGCACGCCAGCUAGUGGCGUUGCCGCGCCGCUAGGCUCUUUCGCUUCCCGCGACAGGCGCGCGAAGCCGAACCGGGCGAGCGUCGCGCAAGCAGACCCCGAGCGCAAGAUUAAAAAGCCCAGAAACUGGAGUAACCGGUCUGAACCCUAG